ACGGUAUCAAAAAAAUGAGUCGCAGAAACGGAAAUGUGCCGAAACUAGAGCUGAAGCUGAACCUGUCGCCGCCGAGAGCUAACCGGAGGAUGGAUUCGCCAAACCGAUCGGCCACAGCAUCGCCAAUGUCUCCGCCGACCUCAUGUGUGUCGUCAGAGAACCAAGAUGACACUCUCAGAAAUUCCAACAGUCCUGAGGCCACAUCCAUGGUCCUGGUGGGGUGCCCCAGGUGCCUGAUGUAUGUGAUGCUUUCGGAGGAUGAUCCUAAAUGCCCCAAAUGCAAGAGCACCGUUUUGCUUGAUUUUCUUCAUGACAACAACAUCUCAGCCACUGCAAAGACAAGGAAAAGCUAGAAUAGUAGGUCCUGAAAUCUUUUGGUACUUCUGUUGUUCCCCCUAGGACUUAUGUUAUAGCCUUUUUGUCUUUUCUUUUCUGUUUUUUCUUUUAAUUUUUUUACCUUUAGGUUGUGUUAUUAGUGCUUCAUCUUCCCCUGUUCCAAAUGUUCAAAAAAAAAAAAAAAAAAACAAGAAUAGCAGGGGGGCUACAUUAGACAAAUUUAAUAGCAGCCAGCUGCCCUAAUUUUCUGUUAAAGCAUUUUAGGCAAUUUCUGCGUACAAUAUUAUAUUUACUUUUCUGGUUUAGUAA